AUGAAUGAACAGAUUCAAUUACUCUCAAAAAAGCAUGGUCAAUUGAAGCAAGCUAUCACCUCGUUGAUUCAAGAGGCUGUAAAAGGCGUCGAUAAUGCGCCUGAUCAGGCUACAAAGGUUGAAACUAUAGAAAACAUUCGUACGGUAACAGAGGGUAAAAUUUUUGUUGAAGUUGAGAGAGCACGUGUGACACGAAUCCUAUCGCAAAUCAAAGAAGCCAAUGGUGAUAUCGAUAGCGCCAGUGAGAUUCUUGGUGAGCUGCAAGUAGAGACUUACGGAUCCAUGGAAAUGAGGGAAAAGACGGAAUUCAUUCUCGAGCAGGUGCAACUGUAUAUUAAAAAGGGCGAUUUUAUUCAAGCACUUAUUGUUAGUCGAAAGAUUGUUCCUCGUUAUUUCAAUAAUGAAGAAGUUCAUGAUCUCAAAUUAAGAUAUUACGAGCUUAUGAUUAAGAUCGCGCUUCACGACAACAAGUAUCUAGAUACUUGUCAAUAUUAUCGAUCUGUUUACGAAACUCCAAUCGUUGCCAAAGAUGAAACAAAAUGGAAGCAAGCUUUGGAGAACAUUGUCUUUUUCAUCAUCUUGUCUCCUUAUGACAACUUACAGUCUGACUUAAUUCAUAAGAUCGCCGUUGACCACAACCUUGAAUCAUUGCCAUUACAUUUAGAGUUGUUGCAGUGCUUCACUGCUGACGAGUUGAUUCGAUGGCCCAAAGUUGAGGAGAUUUAUGGUUCGGCUCUGAAGGCUUCUAGCUCUGGUGUGUUCGAUGUUAAGACCCCGGAAGGCCGCAAGCGAUGGGACGAUCUCCGUAAACGUGUUAUCGAGCAUAACAUUCGUGUCGUGGCUAUUUACUACACAAGAAUUACCACUUCUCGGCUAACGUCUUUAUUGGAUCUUACAGAGCGCGAAACAGAGGAGUUCCUAUCCAAGCUCGUUACACAAGGUACAAUCUAUGCACGUAUCAACCGUCCCGAGCGAAUUAUUACCUUUUCAAAGCCCAAGGACUCGAAUGAUGUUCUCAAUGAGUGGAGUUCAAAUAUCACCACUCUUCUCAGUCAUGUUGAAACUAUUGGGCACCUGAUUACUAAGGAGGAGAUGAUGCACGGAAUUAGAGCUAGUACGAAGUAG